AUGAACAUGAGAGCCCCCGAAAUGAAGUUGCCGCAAACCUUCCCAACACAGGAUGCUGAAAAGGGUGAUCGCCUCCGUUGGCGAUAUUUGGCCGUGUCCCUGUUUGGCUUUUUGUUUGUGAGUAUGGGAAUUGUCAAUGACAACCAGCUGCUUGUUCAGUAUCAAAGCCAGACUCGAAAGCUCGAAGUAGAAGAUCAAUUGUCGCAGCAUCCAACUAAGGAGAACAUCGAAGGCAAGGAAGACGACAUAGCUACUAGUUCCAGGCGCCUGUUGAAAGAGUAUCAAGCGAUAGAGCAAGAUGACAAAGAUCUCAUCAAGAAAGAUGAAUCGCUAACUCAAGGCUAUCCAAUCAAAUGCUCUCCAUGGGAGACCGACAUGGAUCCCUGGUGGCAAAUGCAUCCGGACUGGGAACCGUACAAUGAGAAUGAAACGCAUACCUGCUUUCGCCCGAUCCAACAUGAAGAGAGAGCAGCUUUCUUCCGAGAAGUGUACCAAAGCCAAUACCAUGGGAUGGACUGUUCUCAGGUGAGGACACGACACAUUACUGGAGUGGGAUAUGCUGCAGCCGUCGGUUACAUGUGCGGUGGAUUCUACAGCGCCUUUCGGCAGGGGUAUCCCUUUCAAGUGACCAAAGUUCGCGAAUCGAUGCGCUGGCUGUACGCGCCACCUUUGGAUCCAUCUCCUGGGACAAACCGCUCAUGGGCAGCUUGUCCAUCACAAGACAACUUUUGCUACUUCCUUCCCAUUUCCAAUUGCCAACGAGAGUGGGGGCGAUCGGAAGACUCCGUAAGCAGAAAGUACGCUCGACGUGAAGUACGAGACAACCCCGUCCGAGGUGAGCAAUACAUGUGGCUCAAGUCUUAUUUGACAAGACCUCGACAGGAAGUCCGGCGACGUUUGGCGGAAUUGAUACAACAAGAGGCACCAGUGUUGGAUCCUUCUACUCCUUGCGUGUGGAUCCAUGUUAGGCGUACAGACGCAAUGUCUGAAUUCAGGAAUCUUCGCAACUUUUAUGGCCUGAAUGAAUAUUUGGAACGAGGCAAUGUCUCAGCUGGGGACAACAUCUUACUACUUACCGACGACCAAACCACGAUCGAAGAGGCCCAUUUACUAUACCCUGAAUACAAGUGGAACUACUGGAAUCGAACACGCUACAGAGGUAGACAAAAGCGAAAUUCACACAUUCCUUCCGAUGACCAAGCGAGAGAGAUGUUGAUCAUCUUGGCCGAGUUGCAGUUGGCCGGCCAAUGCACUAAAGGAGUGCACGGGACGAGCAACAUGGUGGGUAUGCUUCAAGCAGCCAUGGCCUUGGAACACGGUAUGGCCAACAUUGAACUGAUAUCCAUUGAUGGAGACCUCAAAAAGGAACGUGUCCCUGCCGAAGAAUUCUUGAAAGAUCUCGAGGCCAAACUGAAGGCUGCCCGUAACGCAGUACUUGCAUGA